ACUCUGAACUGCCGUUGAAUAUCUGUCGUCUAAUGUUUUUGAGGAAAACGUGUCGGUGAUGUCAUCGGUGCUACAAGCACAUGGUUUGCGUAAGUUGGAGAGCAUCAGCAAAGCAACAACCAUGACUCAUCAGGAGGAGAUCGUUAGCAGCACCAAGACGGUGUCACAGGGCUUGGAGGCCCUGCGAGCUGAGCACCAAUCCAUCCUGCAAGGGCUCAACGGAUCUCUAAAAGCCGCCACUCAGGAAAAGCUUGAUGCCAAUGUCAUCAAAGAGAAAGCCAAUCUGAUACAGAAAUCACUCGACAAGAUUGAUCUGGGACUCGGGGAAGCACAGGUUAUGGUGGCAUUGGCGACUCACUUGCAAGCGGUGGAAGCGGAAAAACAAAAAUUACGUGCACAAGUGCGUCGGUUGUGUCAAGAAAACGCCUGGCUUCUCGACGAGUUGGCAAAUACACAGCAACGCCUUCAGGCUUCAGAACAAGCCGUUGCUCAAUUAGAAGAGGACAACGAACAUCUCGAGUUUGUCAAUACCAUCAAGAAAUAUAAUGCCGAUCAGGAAGAGUCCACAUCGGACGUAUCACAUAAAGAAAAAAGCGACGAUCCAACUAUUGAUCUCUUUCAUUCUUUCUCUCCGGAUGAUGAUGCUGAUGAACGUGGUCGUAAGUUGCUUUUAGUUCAUUUCGACGUAGUGAAUACUUUUAAACAACCAGUCAAUUUUUAUUCAACAGCAAUGUCACCUACUCCACCGUCGCAAUUAGCACAGCAAGCGAAUGCAGUGUAUGAGAUUCCCGCUCGACUUAGGACACUGCACAAUUUAGUUAUCCAGUAUGCUUCACAAGAACGCUACGAAGUAGCUGUCUCACUGUGUAAACAGGCGCUAGAAGAUCUGGAGAAAAAGAGUGGUCACGACCACCCCGAUGUUGCCACGAUGCUAAACAUUCUAGCCUUAGUCUAUCGAGACCAAAAUAAAUAUAAAGAGGCGGCCAACUUAUUGAACGAUGCAUUGAGCAUUCGAGAGAAGACGCUGGGAAAAAACCAUCCUGCCGUUGCUGCAACGCUGAACAAUCUUGCAGUACUCUAUGGUAAGCGUGGCAAGUCCAAGGAUGCCGAGCCUUUGUGCAAACGUGCUCUCGAGAUUCGCGAGAAGGUUCUUGGAAAAGAUCAUCCUGAUGUUGCCAAGCAGCUCAACAACUUGGCCUUACUCUGCCAUAAUCAGGGCAAAUACGAAGAAGUUGAGAGGUAUUAUCAGCGAGCACUGGAAAUAUACGAAAGCAAACUGGUUCCCGACGAUCCGAACGUGGCAAAGACCAAAAAUAAUUUGGCCUCGGCUUAUUUGAAACAAGGCAAAUACAAAGAAGCCGAAGUUCUCUACAAACAAGUGUUAACACGGGCUCAUGAACGUGAAUUUGGCGCUAUCCAUGGCGAUAACAAAACCAUUUGGCAAGUGGCAGAGGAACGCGAAGAGAACAAGGGACAGAACAAAAGCAACACACCUUACGGUGAUUAUGGCAGAUGGCACAAAGCUGCCAAAGUUGAUUCUCCUACAGUUACAACCACUCUAAAAAAUCUUGGUGCUCUCUACCGAUGCCAAGGCAAAUACGAAGCUGCUGAAACGCUCGAAGAUUGUGCUAUGCGCAGCAGCAGCAGCAAGCAUCCGCUUGAUAUGAAUCGACUGACGAGCUCAAGACGCUCCAAUGAACCCAACGUUGAUCCAAAAGCGCGGAGUGCCAGAGAGAACGCAGCCAGACGUGGAUCCCACGAGUCCCUGGACUCUGUUCACACGGAAGUCUCCGACGAGUAUCCUCGCCACUCCCUUCACUCGUCUUCCGACAUUGAUUCGCGUCCCGGUUCAAGUCAGGGUCAAGGGCCCGGCAGCCUCCGCAACAAGCUGUUCUCCGCUUUGGGACUCCAUUAAAUUUUUAUCCAUAUUCUCCAUCCCCGUCUGUCCACCCGACCAAGGAAGCACGGCUGUACUGGUUCUUUCCAUACGUCCUUAUUUUUCAUCUUUCUCUAUUGAUAUUCCACUGGCCUUCCUUUCCAAACUAAAGAAAACAGAAACAUAGAAUCGACGUCAGCGUAACUGGAAUGUUGGAUAUGCAUGACAAAUUCACUGCUGCCCCAUGCGUCCCUACAAAUUGUUUUUAAAAACUCGCAUCUCAGUCACAAUGUUUACUUUUCUUUGGAUCGUAACGAAAACAAAUCUCGGAAACACAUCGACGUUGAGUGUUGGGUUGUUUAUUUAGGAUCCGUGGAGUAAAUAUCCUUCAGUAGACUGGACUGAUAGUUUCUUUCACUAUGCCUUUGCAGUUAUUUGCACGCCUUUGAUUAGAUUGUGUCUUGGGUGUCAUUGUAUCCCAUUCGAUGAGCUUAUCUUGUUGUUUCACUCGGUAGGUGGCCUCUAGCAAGGAGAAGUGAUAGGUUGCAAACAUCCCCUGAGAGACUGAGAUGGCGGAUGCGCAAGAAUCAUUAUACAUACAUAUGAGAAAAAUAAAAAAACAAAAAACACUAUCACCUGUAUUAACGGCCAACGUUGCUCUCCCCCAAUUCCCGUCUUCCCUCGUUUAUAAUUUGUCCUGCUAGUUCUUUGUAUUUCUUCUGGUCACGAGACUUUAUAUUGCACGAUAGGAAACAACUUUCAUGUUUUGGGGUGGGAGGAAAGAUUUAAAAAUCCUGAAAUAUGGAACCGACUUGCCAUCAGGUUUCCUUCAUUAUUAUUAUUUUUUUUUAAUGGAAAAAAAUUAUUCAGUUCCCAAUUUUGUUGAAACUUUUUGCAAUAAUAUUUGUUUUGCUAAAAUUAUCGAGUUUCUAUCAUGUUUUCGGUCGUUUGGGUUUUUAUGAAGCACUUUUCUGGAAUAUUUUCCCCCCGACUGUCUCAAUAUAUCGGCCACAUUCGCCUCACCUUCGUCCCGCCACUUUUCGAUCACCCACCACCGUCUUAAUAUUAUAGUAGAUUAUGCCAUUAUCUUUGUUGAAAUACUUUCCUCGCAUAAUACAAUCACUUGAAUGGC